CUUUGAGUCCUUGCUUCGCUUUGCUGAAAACCACACGACUUCUCUGUUCGAGACGGUCUACAGAUCCAUGUCUAAGGAAGUGGAAGAGCCAGUCAAGGAGCUCUUUACGGACAUCUCUCUCUACCUCCUGGGUGCCCAGACCAGAGUGGAAAGAGCUUUCUUCCGCUUUUUCGACAGCCUCUUCCCGUUGGUUUACAGCCGCCUAAUAAACCCAGGAAUUACAGAUUUGUCUGAAGAGUACACAGAAUGUUUGCGCCUAACACGGCAAGAUAUAAAUCCGUUUGGACGCUAUUCUAAAGAAGCGGUCGCCGAGCUGACCAAGUCUCUCAGGGCAAGCAGAAUGUUCAACCAGGCCCUUGGGAUGGGCAUUGAAGUGCUGAAUGCUACUGAGCAUACUAUUUUGACAAAGGAAUGUACCAGAGCAUUAGUGAAGAUGCAGUAUUGCCCUCAUUGUCAAGGUCUAACACUAAUAAGGCCAUGUGAAGGAUAUUGUCUCAAUGUAAUGAGGGGUUGUUUUGCCAGUGUAUCUGAACUGGAUGCUUCAUGGAGGGAAUAUAUUUAUACCCUGGAAUAUCUCACAAAUGAAAUGGCGGGAGCUCAUGAUCUAGAAUUGGUGCUUUUGGGUAUUCGGUAUACAAUCAACGAGGCCAUCUUGUAUGCUCAGCUGAAUGGACCACAGCUGUCUGCCACUGUAGAUAAAGUAUGCGGACAGCCUGAAGAAAAAGAAGUGAAACCUUUACCGGACAACAUUGUUCAAGUGAAAGAAAUAGUUGAGAAACCAUCUAUCACAAUGGCACACUCAGCUACUGUAAACAAUAAAAGGAGUUCUCUGCCUCUGAAAGCUUCAAAGAAUGACAAAUCCAGAAGUUUGAAAAAAAUGUCCCGGGAAUUUAUCACCUAUAUGAAACGGUCCAGAACGCUGUAUGCCUCUUUAGCAGACCGACUCUGUGAUGGGGAUCUUGUGAUGAAAGAUAGCUCAACUUGCUGGAAUGGUGAGGAUGUUGUAGAAAGUUAUACAAACAGAGUGGUGACCAAUGGACUGAAGGCACAAAUUGAUAACCCAGAGUUAAAAGUGAAGGGAUUGGACCCACAUGUCAGCAGCCUAAUUGAGAAGCUACACCAUUUCAAUCAGCUGGCCACUGAAAGGAAACAUUUUAAAUCAGAAAGAUGGACUAUCAGGGAAAGCGGAAGUGGGAAUGGAAUGAACGAAGAGCUGGAAUCAAGUGGAGACUGCGAUGAUGAAGAUGGAUGCCAGGGUUCAGGUGACAGAAGCUACACAAAAGAUGUCCUUGGAACUAAUACUGGAGACAGGAACGAAUCAAAUCCAACUAUGAAAAAGAUGGACACCACAACCACAAUUAUUAUGAAACCAUCUCCUAAACGUAAAGGGGACAGAGAUAUAGGCAAUCAAGCUUCAAGCUCUGUGCUCUUUGUUAUGGCUUCCCUAGCAGUUGUGUGGCACUCAGUGUCAUAGCUGUGUUACACUACAGUAACUGUGCAAUUUUUUUGUUUACUGUCAUUUAUACUUACAGCCUUAUCCAAGUAAAAACAAAGUUAAAUGGCUCUCUAAAUUGUGCACUCUACUAUUAUGUAGUAUGUUAGUUUAAGUGCUAAGUAUUAGUCUGGGCCCAGCUAACAGCAGACAUCAGUAUAGUGUAUUCACAGUGUCUGGAGAUAGCUCUGUUUAACGUCUCAUCUACUCAAGAUGUAAAAAGGAUGAACAGGAAACCUGAGUAGAUUAAGUUAUUGUAGUAGAUCUGAAUCAGAAUGUUGAAGUUGUAAGUUAAUGUAAUGUCAGCAUUUCCCUUCUUUACUCAUUGAGUAACAGGCUGUUAUCUGUAUGAUCUUUCAGAUGAAUUGCAUUGAAAAUCAGAUUUCAGAUACAGAUAUUUUUAGGGAUCGGCCACUAUGUUAUAGGGGAAAGUGCCGCACUCUUUUCCAGGUGGAUAAAAUUCCAAAGUGGUUUAAAAAAUCAGAGCAUGUUUGAAUCUCUUAUUUUCUUUCUUAACGUUUAGAAUGUAGAAAGCAAUAUAAGAACCAUAUGCUGUGUUUAAUGUAUUGAUAUAGUUGCCUUAACCAUUUAGCAACAUUAUAGAAAUUCUUCCCAAGUUAUUUUGAAACAUGCAGCAGCAUUUUCCUGUUCAUGUACUCCAUUACCGUAUGCUUUAAGGUUUUACCUGUGUUGCAUGUAUCUGACAAAUGGAAAAAGGAGAAGGGAGAACAUUAUAGAUUGCUGAGACUAAAAUGGCCACUGAGUUAUACUUCUAGGCCUAGAUCCAUCAUGACACCAAUGGAGUAAAAGUCUCAGCAAGCAUAGUUGUGCUGGAUUGUUCAUUGCACAAGCAGCAGUGCAUGAUAGCAUGCACUGCAUAGCACAUCCAGUUGCACAAUAGAAGAUGGUGCAAAAUCCUUCCCUUGCACUGACUGUAAUAUUUCAUUUCAGCUGUGUUCUAAUCCUUGUGCUAGCACAGUGACACCAUUGGGUUAAAGUGCUAGUGUCUGUAUUAGUGUAAGAGUAGAGACUAAAAAGGUCCUUAUCCAGAGUUUGUAUCUUGCAGGUAUGGACUGCAUCCUUUCAAUCAGCUCUUUCAAUCCCCAUCACAGGCAGGUGAACAACUACCCUGAUAAAGCUGAUAGUAGUGACUGCCUGUCUCUUUUUCCAGGAGGGUUUUUUUUGUUUUUGUUUUUUUGUUUUGUUUUGUUUUGUUUGGCA